AUGACAAAACAUUGUUCUAGUUGUGGUAAUACAAAUUGUGCUCCGCAAGCAAAGUUUUGCACGCAAUGUGGAAAUGCGCUGGCAUCUCCUACAGCUUCAACAACAACACCAACUACAACAACAUUCACAGCACCCAAAAUAACUACUGCAACAUCUAAAUCAACAUUAAAACCAGCACCCGUUAUAUCUACAACAACAACAACAAAUAAUAAUAAUAAUGUACGUCCAAAUACUAUUACACCAAAAACCAAUAAACUAAGUCAAUCUACUGGUUCUUUGAAACCUUUACCUUCAGUUCCAACCACAACAACAACAACAACAACGACAACACAAGUAUCAGCAUCACCUCCACCUCUACCAACGAAACCAAGAACAACGACUUCGUCAGCUUCUACCAUUACCAAACCAUUGCCAAGUGUAGUAAAUACCAAUGCUGGUAGUGCAACAGGUAAUAGUGUAAAUGUUACGAGAAUAAGAGCGACUACUACCGCUCCGAAGCCAGAUAAUAGUCAGAGAUCUGUUUCUUCGUCAUCUCUACCGAUUGCACCAAAAGAGAGUUCCGAGAACUUUAUGAAUAUCAAACUAAAGUCUACAAAGAUCAAUAAUGGUGAGCCAAUCAACAACGGUGCAAAUCGACCAAAAGCCAAUACAGUAUCGCUGGUUGCGCUCGACGAGAAGGCAAAGCUUCCACCUGGUUCCUUUGUUAAGUUGGCAGUCAAGAGCAGAGAUCAAAUGGACAAUAUAGCACAUCGUGAUAUUCUAAUUUUGAAUGGUGAGAAAGAUAAAGCAGAGAGCACAAAUGGAAAAGAUACAGCUGUUUCGGAACAACAUCAUCAUGUUGCUUUGAAAGAGGAAAAGAGAAAUGGAAAUGUUACAACCGCUUCUGUUGUACCACCAGAGUUACCGCCAAAGAAGAGAAGUAGUAGUGGUGGUAGUUUGUCGGGAUCGUCUUCUGGUAUCACCCCGACUCUACCGACACAACCAAGUAUGGAGAAGAUGUCCAUUCCGUUGCCGCCACCCCUUGACAAGGAGAAGGAAGCAGAACGCGAAAGACAACGUCAGCUGGAGAGAGACGAGCGUGAGAAACAACGUUUGGCAGAGAAGGAACAAAAGGCAGCGGAGCGUGAACGUCUAAAGAAAGAGGAGCGUGAGGAGCGCGACAGAAAGGAGUUGGAGAAAGAAAAGUCGAGAAAAGGUGAACGUGAUGAAAAGGAGCGAUUGAAACAGUUGGAACGUGAGAAGAAAGCAGAGGAAAAGAGACAGAGAACAAUGGAGCGUGAGAAGAAGAGAACUCUAAAGAUAGAAAAGGAUAAGGAAAGAGAAAGAACAAGAGAAACCGGUACCGGUUCACCUCUUACCGUUUUGUCUGGUGAUGAAGCCGACCAUGAAGAUAGUGAUAGUGGCGAUGCCGAAGUAGAAUCAAAUACGAACUCACAUACAACAACAACAUCAACAACAGCAACAUCGUCGAAUGGAAAUGAAAGUGUUUCUUCACCAAAGAUGUCAUUUGCCGAUAUGUCAGAGGUGGUAAAGAACAAAGAUAUCGAGAGAAAGAAAAAGGAGAGAGAGAAAUACAAUACUUCACCGGCAAGAAGUAGAUUCUUUUCUUUUAUUUUGGGUAGCGGUGAGAAGGAGAAGGAUAGCAAUUCACUUGGUAAUAGUGACGAUGAAUUUGUAAUUAGUUCACCUGUUUCACAGACACCACUUUCGCCGGCUACCGGUAUCGACGACAACACCUCGGUCGACGGCGACUCUGAAGAUGGACAACCACAGCAACUGAGAAAAUGGGCAAUCAAACGAAAUGAGUUGAAUGGAAGUAAAGGUGAUUUGAUGGCAUCGAUAUCACCUCCUCUUUUAUCGGUGAACGCAGGCAGUGGAAACUCGUCGCUCCAACUGACACCACAACGUCACAGCAUGGGAAGUGACACAAGUGGCGCAGCAUCACCAGCACCUAUUACAGCAUCACCCCAAUCCAAUUCAUCUUCGCAUCUCAAGGAUGCGCCAUCUGCAUCGUCCAUGCACAUCGGAUCGUCUUCCUCCACCUCUUCACUGUCGCUCGUUUCACAGUCACCAACUGGAUCUGCGCCACUACUGCCACCCAAUCUUCCAGAGAUGCCACAAGCAACCGACCAGAGAUCGCGUGUCAUCGAAGAGAUUAUAGUUACCGAACGUGAUUACAUUCGUGAUAUGGAGAUCAUGGUGUGGAUGCGUAGAGAAAUGGUCGGCCAGGAAGAUGCCAAAGGUGCAGCGCUCGAGGAGAUCAACAUUCUCUUUAGCAAUGUCGAGCAACUUCUCAUGGUAAACCAUGAACUCUAUAAGAAGUUUGUUGAACUACCGAUUCCAACCGAUCCAAAUAACACUGAUUUCGGUGCAUCGAUUGCCAAUGCGUUCAUCUCGCUGUCCCAAUUCCUAAAGUCCUAUUUUGUAUAUUGUAGUAACCAACAGAAGGCACUUUCCACCUUCUCAGCGUUACGUGGAAAGAACUGUUCAUUCUUGGGAUAUCUCCUGACGAGAAGAGAAUGUCGUUCACUUCCAUUCGACAGUUUCUUAAUUAAACCAGUUCAAAGAGUUUGUAAAUAUCCUUUAUUACUUAGAGAAUUAAUUAAAUCAACUCCAAAUACAAUGUCAUCAUAUACAUUAUUACAGGAAGCACAGAAAAAGAUAGAAUCGAUUGUUUCCAUUGUAAAUGAAAAGAAACGUGAGUUUGAUGGACAAAUGAGAAUUUGUCACCAGAUCUGGUGGUUCCAAACCGAGUCGCCAGAGAUUCUGAACAGUCUGCUCAGCGAAUUCAAACAGGUCAUCGAGACCAACCACAUGGUGGAAUACAAGAAAUACGUAGAGGAUCGUGAGCGACAGUCAAAGAGUCAUGUCGACUUUGACGAGUGGCGCAAGGCAGUCAAGAACAAACCAUUACCAGAGCCACCAAGAUCACCUUCGUUCAACGACAGUCCAAAACCAUCGACCAAAGCAUUGCCUGCCGUUCCACAAUCCACCGACUCUAUCUCUAUCAGAGUUAGUUGUCAUCAUUUAGAUCCACGACAUGUUGAGAUAAGUAAGGAACUCCCAACACUAAAGUCGCUGAAAGAAAAGAUUCAACUCAAAUUUUCAUUGGAUAAUCUUGAUUUCACUGUACAAUCCAAUCAAUCAGGUGCCGGACCAUAUCAAACCAUACACAACGAUCAAGAUCUUCAAAACAUAGUGAAAUCAGACCAACAUGAAAUCGAAAUGAAAAUAAUAGCUCUUAAAUUUUAUUCUGAAAUGAAUAAAUUAUUUCUAUCUCUAUUUAUUUGUUUAUCUUUUAUAAACAUCAUUUAUGGUUUAUUUUGGACAUCCAUUAUCAUUGACAAUAAUCCUGCCAAAUACGGAACACCUAAUUGUACCUAUAAUGUAUCCCCAGAACAACAAUGUAGUCUUGAAUAUAAACCAGAGUCAGAUUUUUUAUAA